GAAUUGAAAACUAUAAAAUCAAGCUGAGUUACAAAAAAAACCGAAAAGCUAGGGAGAUCGGAGAAAAAGGAAGAAUAAAAAGACGCUUUCGUUACUCGCGGAAAAGGAGGAGAUAUCAUCUUCAUCUUUGUUUUUGACACUUCUCCUUUUUUUCACUUCUCAAUCAAGCUUAUUUAUUUAAUUCCAUUUUCCUUUAUCGUUCUCGAAUUACAUAUAAACGAAAAAGGAAUGAAAACAAUUGCACAAACGUCACAAUUCUAAAGCCUUUGUCAAAAAGUCACCAUUCUUUUCAUGUGUAGUUUGAUGGUUCUACUUCUACGUAAAUAUCAUGACCGGUACGUUUUCCAACUUUACUGAUCUUAAACAUACAUUCAUAGAAAAAAUAAGAAACAAGUAGGUUCUUCAUAACCUUUUUUUUUUGUUAAAAUUAAACCAAAUUGUUCCGGGUAAGAAGCUUAGUAGUAACGAGCAUUAACAGGUCAAUGAACUUUUUUUUUUGGUUAGAAACUAGACCUAGAAAACUAUUACUAUUAUCCGAUAAUUAAUUGUAGAUGUUGACAAAAGAAUAACUGAAGAAAUCGGAUGAUAACGUUUCUUCAAAAUACAAAUAAAUCUAGAACGGGGUUGUUAAAAAUAUGUCACACACGUGACAUACCUUAAUCUAUGUAACAUUUUAUAAUAACGAUGACUAUCGAUCCAGCUAUCAAAUACUUUUUUUUUUUGAGCAAAUACUAGAUUUCUUUAUUAUUCGAGAUUGAGAAUCACAUUAUAUAGUUUUUAUAUAACAUUCUCACCGUCUGGUUAUCGUAAAUAUUGAAAUCAAUCUGAACAUUAAGCUGGAAACCUCUCUCAAGAAGUAUUUAUGCCAUGCCAUAAAUUAUUAUUUAUAACUCGACACAAUUCAUAAAUUGUAUAGAGAAUAAAAACGUAAAUAGUACCCAACUAUAUAAUAAUAGAUGUAAGUCAGAACAGACAAUUAUUACUCAUUGACUAUCCCAACUAUAAGAAGAAUAUGCAAUAAACCAAGUGACCAUAUACCAAAGUCCCAUCCACAACCAAAUCGACAAAUGUAUAUGCAUGUGUAUAUAUAUAAUAAUUAAUAUGUAUAUAUGUUUUUACUACAAGUUAAACAUUUUUCUUCUCAAUCAAUCAUUUUCACAAGCGCAAAUUUGAGCUGAUAUUUUUUUUUUCAACCAAUUUGAGCUGAAAUUGAUCACUAUAACACGUAAGUUACAUUUGCGAAAAGAAAAGUUAUAGAGAGAAAAACAGAAAAACGUAAAAUGUAAAAAGAACCAGGGUUUAAUUCAUAGUAAAAGAUUAUUCGCUUCGAUAAAAAAUCUUGAAACUUUUUGUGUGGAAUAUCUUUUUUAAUAAAUCACUCUUUAAUAGCUUUAUUCUAUUAGAUAUUUUACCAAAUCUGUUUAAUAAGCCAUAAAUUGGUUUCGUUGACCUCUAAAAUGAGCUGCCAAAGGAAAAAUAACCUUAAAUUCUACCUAAAUAUAUACAUUCUUUUUGUUGAUUAACGUAUAUGAAAAGCUUUAUUUCCCCUCCAACUGAUGAUAUAUUACCAUAACUGGAUAAAUUUCUGUUAAAGGUUAAUAUACUCUCAUUUUAUAAAUACUAAAAUAAUUACUAAUCAUAUUGAAAUCAGAUAUAAGUAAUAAAAGGGAGAUAUCCUCCUCAACCAAGCUGUCCACGUAGGCAAUUUUAAUCAACCAAUUAGAGAGGGUGUUUUUGCCAUGUCAAAUAUGUGUUGAUUUUCUUGGGCUUCGACUAUGUCAAAUAUGUGUUGAUUUUCUUGGGCUUCGACUUACCGUGAUUUUUAAAACAUUCGAACCUAGCCCAUUAGACCAUAGACAGACCCAGCCAGCGACCAAACCAUUUCGACCUCUCCCUUACGCGUCUCUCAAAUCCUAUUAACCUAAAUCGAAUCUUCGUCCCUUUGUCGAUUCUUCAUCUCCUUUGUCGAUUCCUAAUCCCUUUUGCUUUUCCUCUUCUUCUUCUUUGAUCCGUUUCACGAUCUGACCCUAAACAAUCAAUACAACUCCACUUCGUUCUCUCUUUACUCUCAUUUAUGGAUUCGUUUUGCUUUUCUCCUUCAGAUUUUGUUUAUAUAACUCUUAAUCCGCAUUUUCUCCUUCUUUUGUUUAUACAACUCUUGAUACGAGUCUUAUUCCGAUUAAGCUUAGUUGCAAUGAGUUCCAACGGAAGUUCCAUCUCCGAGAAACCAAAAGGCGUCGAGUCUGACUCCUCUCCCGGACCGAUCAAACCCAUCGGAACACCCCAUGUCUCAUCCAACCACUCAAUAGGCGAUCUCCACUCGAAGCGAGACAAAGGCGAAGCGUCGGUCACUUCCGGUCUGACCAAACUCAGCGGCAAAACUGCUGUCUCUUCCGGCGUCUUGAUCGGCGUACCUAUGUCGAAGAACCCCAAUGGUGCGAUCAUUCACAGCACGAAGGCUGGUGUCUCCUCAGGUGUUAGAGGCAAAUCUGCUGUCUCUUCCCGCGUUAAGGGAAAAGCUAUUGUCUCGGCCGAAGUGGUGGCUUUCAAAGAUGUGAAAUACGGACCUCAUGACGGCGAGUUGAGGUUCCGGUUGAUCCAUUUUUGGGAAGCUCGAAAUGUUGUGUCAAAGGUGCUUAUCGGUCUCGAGAUGCUUCUCAUCGACCAAGAGGAGACUGUCAUCCAGGGUUUCAUCCCAGCUGGGAGGAUAGACACUUAUUUGCCACACAUGAGAGCUGGUGGCGUUUACAGACUCAACAGUUUUUUCGGUUCUCACAACAAGAAUUUGUAUCGUGUUGCGGAACCAAGUUUCACCAUCACAUUCUCAUCGACUUCUGUCCUCUCUGAUCUAACGGACAGUCCGGUUUGUUUCCUUGAGGACCGGUUCCGGAUCCAUGGAUAUGAGGAGUUCGAUGCUGCCUGCGACUUGAGAGGGGAUCUUUAUGAUUAUGUUGGCCACAUCAAGCUUGUGAAUGGACAGGUUCUAAGUGAUAGUCUCAUGCUAGAUGAUGCCGAGAUAGCUUCAUCUCGCCGCGUCUUGCUCCAUGUUCAAACACAUGAUGGUCCGGUGAUGAAGUUAUACCUAUGGGACAAGGCUGCCUCGGAUUUUAGUGAGAAAUUUAAAGCAUCUGGAGGAACCGCACGUGUUGUUUUGGUCACUACUUUAAACCCGAAACGAUUUGGAGGUACCCUCGCUCUCUCUUCUAUGACGCCAUCACGUGUUUUCUUGGACAAAGAUGUUCAAAUAACCGAAGAGUAUCUCACUUGGAUGAACGCGAACUUAUCUGUUGCCAACAGAGUUAACGCAGACGUUGUCACUAAGACUGAGACAAUGACCAUAGGCGAGCUCUUAUUCUAUAUUCAGCAGGAAGAUGCCAAGGUUGCUUGGUUUGAGUGCAUAGCAACUGUUGCUGAUGUGGUGCACGGUUCAUCCUGGUAUUACAUAGGAUGUGGUGUGUGCCACACUAAGGCAACCAAAGGGCCUACCACCCUUAUGUGUAAAAAAUGUGGGAAACCCGACAUUGUUGGUGUUCCACAGUACCUGGCCAAGAUCUCUGUGUAUGAUAAUGAGGAUCAGGCGUCUUUUGUGCUCCUCGGUGAUGCUGGACAUGAGUUAUCCGGAAGAAAAGCUUCAGAGUUGGUUGCAAGUUAUUUCGAGGCUAAUGAGAAUGUAGGAGAUGACCACUUGGUUCCGGUACCUCAGGCUCUUAUCGAUACCAUUGGACAGACUCGAAAAUUCAUUGUGAAAGUAUCAGAUCACAAUUUGACAGGCAAGACCCAAGCUUUGACUGUGACAAAGGUUCUCACCCCAGAAGAUCAAGAAGCUGAAGCCCAAGGAACUCUGCAGAAUGGAGUUGCUGAUGGUGAACCUUCCACAUGCGUUGGGAUUGUGAAGAGGGCUGCUGAUAAGGUCGAGGCAGAAGACCCCAAGCGAGCCAGAUGUGGCUAGGAUGUGUUGAAUCGUGGUUUUAUGAUUACUAAGACUCUAUGCUUUGUUUUUUUUUAAUCUCAGACUUUGUGUUUGCAACAUUGAACUAUCUUUCUUAUUGUCUCUGCAUAAUGUUUUUACCUUAAGUUUGAUGUUUGAGUAUCUUAGUUUUGUUGGA